AUGGAGGAACCAGCCUGUUCUGUUAAUGUAGAACAUUGGACUACAGCUGACCACCUCUACACCAACCAUAUCCUAAACUGCUUGCCCAAUGAAUUGUACAAUGUUUAUUCUUCCUACAAUUAUGCCUAUGAAAUCUGGAAUGCAUUGGACACUAAGUAUGUUCUAGAAAAUGCUGGAAACAAGAAAUAUGUCAUUGCUAACUUCCUACACUUCACCUUGAAAGAAGACAUGGACGUGUCUGCCCAAAUAGAUGAGUUCCAGGUUCUUGUUUUGGAACUAGCAAAGGAAGGCAUGGUACUGCCGGAUGAAUUCAUUGCCGAUUCUCUCAUAGAGAAACUGCCACAUACAUGGAAUGAUUUCAAAACCAGUAUGAAGCAUAAGAGGAAAGACACUACUUUGGACCAAGAAGUGGUCCGAAUUAAGACAGAAGAAAAGAAUAGAAAUAAAGAUGAGGACCAGUUUUCCAAAACCAAUCUGGAUUGCUGGUACCGAAAGGACUUUGGAAAACCGAAAGUCAAUUUGACUGAGGAUGUUAUCGCAACCAUGGUAAUUGAGGUAAACUUAGUUGAUAAGCCGAAGGAGUGGGUACUGGAUACUGGUGCUACCAAGCACAUUUGUGGGGACCAUAGUUCAUUCUAUGAGUAUACAACUCAGACUGAAGGAGAGCAAGUAUUCAUGGGAAACUCACAAACUUCGAAGGUCAUCGACAAAGAAAAUGUGCUUCUAAAACUGACUUCAAGAAAAAUUCUAAUGUUGAAUGAUGAGUUGCACCUGCUAGAGAUCCAACUGAAGUUGAUUAUCAAUCCUCUGAUUCAUUUCUUCCUCGGUCCUGAUGAACUGAUCGGCAAGCUUGAGGAAUUCUAUGAUGUCUUUCAGCUUAUUGGCCACCACAUGCCAUUUGAGAUCCCUAUGAGUUAUGCCCUUCUUUGCCGCCGUGAGCCUCACCGCUUGGUCGAGGUCGGGGAUCUGCAGGCAGGUAUCAUUGAAGCGCCUGAUGUAGCUUCUAAUGGACUCCCCUUCUCUUUGAACUACAUUGAGGAGGAUUUCUUGGGACCUCGGGCACUUCUUGCUAGUGMUGAAGUGAGAG